GCUUCCGGGUCGCGAGCGGGUUUUCUUCCUGGUGGAAGGGUCCCUUCAGUUUCCAGUGGAGCUGGAGCUGCGAUUUUCCCACUAACCAAUGUCAGGAAAUGGUGAUGGCACCAUUACAAGUCCCUCUGUGGGAUCUCUGUCAGAGAUUGAGGUCCUGGCAGAUCAGCCAAAGUAUGUGUGCUCAUUGUCCGCUGAGCUUGUUGCCAAGGCACGUGAAGAGCUGCAGGAAAAACCUGAGUGGCGGCUUCGAGAUGUUCAAGCCCUCAGAGACAUGGUGUGCAAAGACUAUCCUAACCUGGGAACAUGUUUAGACGACGCUUUCUUGCUCAGGUUCCUUAGAGCCCGGAAGUUUGAUUAUGAUCGGGCACUUCAGCUUCUUGUGAACUAUCACUGCUGUAGGAGGAGUUGGCCUGAAGUUUUUACUAACCUGAAACCGUCUGCUAUAAAGCCUGCCUUAGAGUCUGGUUUUGUCACUGUGCUUUCUCACUUAGAUACUGAAGGACGCCAUGUUGUUUGCAUUCGUCCAGACAGAUGGAUCCCAAGUAACUACCCAAUUACUGAAAAUAUUCGUGCCAUAUACUUAACGUUAGAAAAGCUCAUUCAGUCUGAAGAGACCCAGGUGAAUGGAAUUGUUAUCCUUGCAGACUACAAAGGAGUCAGCUUAUCUAAGGCAUCUCAUUUUGGUCCAUUUAUAGGCAAAAAGGUGAUUGGAAUUCUUCAGGAUGGCUUUCCUAUUAGAAUAAAAGCUGUCAAUAUUAUAAACGAACCUCGAAUAUUCAAGGGCAUUUUUGCCAUCAUCAAACCCUUUCUGAAAGAGAAAAUAGCAAAUCGGUUUUUUCUUCAUGGGUCAGACUUGAGCUCUCUUCAUCACAACCUUCCACCAUGGAUCCUACCUGAAGAAUAUGGGGGCACUGCAGGGAAACUGGAUAUCUCUGCCUGGAAUGAGCUGCUGCUGGCCUCAGAGGAUGACUUCCUGUAUGAUGCUUCUCUACUGGCUCCCUCCAAUGACUCUUCUCCUCUUGACCCAUUAUUGAGUGGGGAGAUUGAUGAGAAGCAAUGCGAUGACUCUUUGCGAAGCUUGAAAACGCAACUCUAUUCCUGCUAUUAACAUAGCAGUUAAAAGCUUCCAAAAGGUCACCUUCCUGUUUACAAAGGGAUUAUGAGCUCUGCCUUGUUCUUAGGUAGACUGCAGCCUAGGGGUAGAGAUGGCUGAGGGAGGCACUUUACAUUGGAACCAAAGCAAAUUAAAAAGUGGAAGCCAUGGAGCAAGGUGAAGUUCUACCGCAAUCCAGAAGGGUGCAGUUUUGAGGCACCGUAAACGUUGCGGUUUUUGACCCUUUGCAAACAGCAGCAUCUCCUAAGAUUAAAUGUGUCAUGUGACUUAAGGAGGUUGCUAACGCCAACGUUUUAAGCACAAUUAUUUGGAAGUAAGUUGCUCUGAAAUUAAUGAGACCUGCUUCCAAAUGAGCAAGUUUAGGGUUGAAGUGCUAGACUUUCUCAGGCUGAAAAGAGCUAAAAUGGCCAACAGUUUUGACAAAGCAGAAGUAUCAUAAUGCGUUAUACUGACUUUCCCUAGAGAAGUAAGAAAUAAUAUUGGUUGUGUGAUAGAAUGGUAGCUGUAUUACGGCAGGCUAGUUUCUAGGAGUAAAUGUUGGGCUGCCAUUCUGAUACACUUUGGUUUGACAUGCUCUGAUUAUCGCUAUUAUUAUUCAGUUACUUCCACAUAUAAGCAUAUUCUCUUCUCUUGUAGGGAGUGUGUUGCCACUGAGAUGCAAACCUUAGACUUGAAUCUUGCAGACAGGGUUUGCAAAUGCAGUGGGUAUCAUUAAAACCACUGAAAUCAAUGAAAGCACAUGUUCACUCUGCCUAAUAGAAAGCAUUAAAGAAUCUGUACACCGUUUUUAUGCCCAUACUUGAAUUUGUACCAGGACCAACUGAAAGGGACAGGUAAUUCUGCUUAUUAGCUUAGCUGCCAGUUAAUACCCUGCCUUAGUUAUAGAAUUCUAUUACCAUAGGUAUUGCGGGUAUAAUACAGAAACUGUCAUAGUUGUAGAUGUCUGUCCAGUAAAGCAAGGAUGCUUGUUUAGACGUGUUUAUUUCUGAGAGUCUAUGUAAACCAAAUGGACAGGGUAUUUUACAAGCACAAUUUCUGUUUUGUAAAUGUAACUAUUUUCCGUUCAGUGUGUGUGUGUGGGGGGGGUGUUAUCAGUUGGACCUCAGUGCUAAAUUGGCUUCCUUUUACAAAGGUCACUUUCCGUCUGUCCUUCAUGGUUGUCCUUGUUAAUGUGCAUUAGUACUUUACGUCUUCCUUUUAUUCGUGGCUUAUCUCAUGUGUGUUUGGUCUUGGAGCUAUGUACGCAACUUCCUCUUCUUUCAUAGUUGUAGAUUAACUUAGAUAUUUGUGACAUCCAGCACUUCAGCCUGAAACCUUCGUGGAGAUUGAACUGACUGCUGUUUCAGGUUUAGAGGGCGGCAGGUCAACACUUACUACCAUCUCAUCUUUUAGCACUUUCAACUAGAUGGUUGGAGCUAUUUGUGGGGGCUUUUACUUAGUGCCAACUACAGACCAGAAACUGGUGCUUAUUGUAAAUAUGAGAUAAGGUCUUCAGCUGGUGGACUUUUUGUAUUGUCAGUGCCAAACUUGUAUUUCCCCACAUUAAAAAA